AUGAAAUUACUAAGUAUUUUACUUUAUAAAUGGGAUAAAGAACAUCCUAUCUUAUUAACAAGCAAUUAUAAUUUAGUUGAUUAUAAUUUUUUUCAAAGAAAAACUAUUCAAGAACAUAUAGCUUUUCAUAGUAGAUUAUUAUGUUCAAGAGUACAAGAAGGUAAUAGAGUUACAGUAACUUUUCCACAAGAUAUUGGUAAUUGUCAUAUAUAUAUAUCAAAUAGUGGUCUUGGUAUAUGCUGUAUUACAAGCCCUGACUAUCCUGUUAGAUGUGCUUUUUCCUUAUUAAAUGAAUAUCUAAAAGCAUAUAUGGAUUCUAAAAAUCAUGACACAUUGAUUUCUUUAGAUUUGAAUAAUAUUGUUCAAGAUCAAAAUGAAUCAAUUCCAGAAUGUAAUGAAAUAUUUAAAAAAUACCAAGAUCCUUUAAAUAAUGAUAAAAUUUUUAAAGUACAAAAAGAUUUAGAUGAAGUUAGAGAUGUUAUGCUUAAAAAUAUUGAAGAUUUACUUCAUCGUGGUGAAACCUUGGAUACUCUUAUGCAAAAAAGUUCAGAUCUAAGUGCUGCUUCUUAUCAAUUUUAUAGAACUGCUAAAAAAAAUAACCAAUGUUGUCAAUUAUAUUAA